AUGUUCACCAUCAUCAUAGGGAUUAACAAGUAUCGUCCAGAGUGUGGCUUCAAAGAACUGCAUGGAGCGGUCAAUGACGCGAGAGAAGUCUACAAGUUCCUUGUCGCUGAGCUCGGGGUCCCAAAGGAACAAAUCAUAUUUCUGACAGACGAACAGGCGUCACGGGACAAUAUCAGAAAAGCAUUCAGGCGGCUCAGGGACGAUAAAAGAGUCGAGCGGGACGAUCCUAUCCUUGUCUACUUUGCGGGCCAUGGUGCAGAGAUAGUGUGCACGAGCGGGGCCAGAAUACAGGCAAUUGUACCUCAGGAUUACAAGUGUGAUGGGCCCAAUCCCGUACCUCCCGUUCUGGAUCUGGAUCUUGCGGCGUACCUCAACUCCUUGUCUGGGAAGCACGGAAACAACAUUACAGUGAUAUUCGACUGCUGCCAUUCGGGAUCGGGGACACGAGGAGCGGAAUCAGGAGGUGAUCCUCUCGCGCAAGUGCGAGGGGGAGAAGUCCUUCAUGGCCUCCCUUUUGAUUUCGUACAAGGCGAUACCACUGAAGCCUCACGUGGUAUGAGCAUUGCGAAGGGGUUCACAGAUCGUGACACCCGUUCGCAUGUUCUAUUAGCCGCGUGCAGCGCAAGGCACUCCUGGCACCUGCGCCUCCUCCGCCGUGUGUCACUGGGACAGCUCUCCUACUCCAGGGUUCUGAGUCAUAUGGAACCCAUCAUCAAUCAAAACCCUCAAUGUGAAGGCUUUUACCGCGAUCGCAUUUUGUUCACUACGAGCGAAACAGCCUCUUCGCAGGAACCCUGGUAUAUCGCCGAGAAGCUAGGUGAUUUGGGCGGAUAUCUCCUGCAAGUGGGCUCAGCUGGCCAGGGCUUCACGCACGAAACCAAGUUUCUAGUUUUUGAGUCCGAAGAAGCCGUCGUGGCGAGACAGCCCUUGACCGUGAUGACACCUGGCAAGAUCGAUGCUUUCCAGGCAACCCUCGAGCAACUCCCAGGAGACCCAAUCACACUCAGCCUCCCUAUGCUAUACGCUAUCCCGCAGGUCAGUGAGAGUAGGAAGCUCCUUCUCCAUGUCCCGACAGACGAUGGAUGUCGCCCUAUACUCGAGUGCUUUGCAAAGGACUUAGGGUGUGUGCCUGAAGGCCACUGUCUCGUCGAUUUGGUCAGCGCGACCGAGUCGGACCAGGUUCAGAUGGGAGUGCACGCGGAAGCCGAUGGCUGUCUCGUAUUCGACAUUCUAGACGCUCGCCUCACUCGCCAUGGAAUCACCCACCUACCUCACACCCUCCGACCAGUUCCCAACCUUGUCGACCAAGUUUUCCCAGUAAAGCUCAAAGAAGUCCUCCGCGCUGCAGCUCAUUUCCUAUACCAUCUCAAUCAUACGCAGGAGAACAAUUACAUUCCAGAUCGCAUUUCAAUCAGAUUCAUGCGUCUGGCGGAGUCUUCGACUCAAUUCGAUGAAGAGGGCAAGGCUAUAUUGGAGCCUUUCGACGAAAACCUUGUCAACGAGGAGGGCAUUAUCGACUUCUCGCCUGAGGUUGAGCGGGUCUAUGGGUUCGAACUUGAAAAUGGAACACCGUGGGGACUUUUCUUCCAUUGCCUCUAUUUCAACAGCAUGGAUCUCAGCAUCACCUCGUUCACCUCCGCCGGAAACAACAAUAAUCAUCCGUAUGAUCUUGAUGACAUGUUAGGAAAGAAAGGCUCGGGGAACAGUGUCGCGGGAAUUGGAUAUGGUCCUUUGGGACUUGCACCAAUCCAACCAAACUUUGACGAAAAGGAGAAAGUCCUCACUGCUGGGUUUUUCAAGUUUUAUUUCUCAACGAAACCCAUCGAUUUAUCCCAUAUCCCAUGUCCCUCGCCGUUUGAAGGGGGUCGUGGCAUGGACAAGGCCGUCCGCAAGGUACCUCAUGUGUGGGGUACGCUGGAAAUCCCGGUGAUUCAGCGCCGGACCUGUGCACACAAUUAG